ACAAAAAAAAAAAUGAAAAAGUAACGAAAUUUAAUUUAGAAACAAAGAUUUGGAAAAUUUCUUUGUAUUGUUCUUAAGUAGAGAUAGAUUUUUCCACGAAUCGGAGUAUCACACACGCUCUACGAAUUUUCCAGCUUAAAUUUCUAGAUUAGAAUAAUUGUAUUUUUAUUGUUUUCACUGUGUGUCUGUCUCUUCAUCUUUUAUAUAAACUUUAACUCUCGACACAGCAGUGUCCCGUGUUCUUGAGCAGAACAAAGUAGCAGAAUAUAUAAGAAGAAGAAAAAAAGCUUCAUUGCCUCGAGAUUAAACAGUAUCUAUCUAGGCAACAACCUAAACCCCAGGAUCUUGUGUCUGAAACGAUCCUGAACUCAAGAUUGUUGCUGAGUCUGAAAGAUUCAGCCUUUUAGCUCGAAGUUUCCAAGAGGGCUGUAAAUCAGUUCACACUCUGUCGGUCUCUGCAGAUUGCUAAAGAGGGAUUUGAUUAGCCAAGAGAUCUGUUUUCUUUAGGAAGUUUGUUUACUUAUCUCAUGAUCACUGGUUUACAGCAAUGGGGUAUGUAAACGUGGAGAAGAGAUGGGUUUUUCCUCUUGUCAUCACAUCUCUUGUCUGCGUUUUUCUCCUUGCAACAUCUUUCAAUAUGGGCCUAGUCUCUUCUCUCCGAACAAUCAACGGGAUUUUCUCCAUCAUCCCUUCUCGUCUCGUCAGCAAUCAAACGAGACUUGACUUUGCAGAGUCCAAAGUUGCUAGACAAACCCGUGUUCCGCCUCACCAAGACAAGCUUCCCCGUUUUGCAUACCUUGUCUCCGGGUCUAAAGGGGAUGUAGGAAAACUUUGGAGAACACUUAGAGCAGUGUACCAUCCGAGGAACCAGUAUGUUGUUCAUUUGGAUCUUGAAUCACCGGUGGAUGAGAGAUUGGAGCUGGCUUCUCGGAUUAAUAACGAUCCUAUGUAUUCCAAAACUGGGAAUGUAUAUAUGAUAACCAAGGCUAAUCUUGUGACAUAUAAAGGACCAACAAUGGUGGCAAAUACUCUUCACGCUUGCGCGGUUCUUCUUAAGAGAAGCGCAAACUGGGACUGGUUUAUUAAUCUCAGUGCUUCAGAUUAUCCUCUGGUGACCCAAGAUGAUCUGCUUCAUACGUUUUCGACAUUGGACCGGAACCUCAAUUUUAUCGAACACACAAGUCAACUUGGUUGGAAAGAGGAGAAGCGAGCACAGCCAUUAAUGAUUGAUCCUGGACUCUACUUGCUGAACAAAUCAGAUAUUUACUGGGUCACACCUCGCCGAAGUUUGCCAACUGCCUUUAAGUUAUUCACUGGAUCAGCUUGGAUGGCUCUAUCACGCCCGUUUGUAGAGUACUGCAUAUGGGGAUGGGACAAUUUACCACGAACCCUCCUAAUGUAUUACACCAACUUCGUUUCAUCACCCGAAGGUUACUUCCAGACAGUGAUUUGCAACGUUCCCGAGUUCUCAAAAACCGCGAUAAACCAUGACCUUCACUACAUUUCCUGGGACAAUCCGCCGCAGCAGCACCCACACGUGUUGUCACUCAACGACACAGUCCCCAUGAUAUCGAGCGGUGCUGCAUUUGCUAGGAAAUUCAAAAGAGACGAUGAAGUACUUGAUAAGAUCGAUAAGGAAUUACUUAGACGGAGGAAUGAUAAAGAUAGUUUUACUCCUGGUGGGUGGUGCAGUGGGAAACCGAAAUGCUCCAUGGUCGGCGAUGUGGCUAGGAUUGAGCCUAGCGUUGGAGCUCAGAGGCUUCAGGGACUUGUGAACAGGUUAGUUAACGAAGCCAAAACUGGAGUUAGUCAGUGUAAAUAGAUGGAAUUCGAAGGGAAAUGGAAUCAUUUUGAGAUGUGAAUCAAAUUCAGGGAGAGUGAGACUGUCCUUACGAUAUAUAUAUUUAUAUUAUACAUAUAGAGAAUCUUGCACUUGCAGGCCUUAGAAAGACACUAUUAGACAUUGUUCUCGUUGAGUAGAUACCUUGUAUUCCACGUCACCUACUGGUCUCAUAUUUGUUUGAAAUUCAUCUCCCUCAAUUUUACAAAUCAAAUAAAAAUUAUAACCUUUUUCUUA